AGCCACGGAGACCCCGACGCCCGGCUGGCCGGCGGUAGCGUGCCUGCGGUUCAGCAGUUCGGCCGAGAGUGCAUCUAGCGCCGACCCCCUCCUCCACGCGGGAGGGCAGCGCUGUGUGAGCGCCACGGGGGCUGUGGACGCAGAAGUGAAAUCUGAUCGCGGGCCAGGAAAAGCCUGCGCAGCUAGAGCCCCAGAGGAACCGCCGACCUUGAGUCAGGGCGCGGUCAUGGUGGGCUGCUGAGCGGGGGUCGGGCCGCGGCGGCGAGCGCAGGCGGGCCCAUGGAGAACCCGGUGCCCCCCUGCGCCCUCUACCCCCGGGAGGACCAGGGCCGCGGGGCCGAGGCCGGGGGCGCCUUUGCGCAGGGAGCGUGCGGCCAGGCCGGGGACCGGGGCGGCGCUGCCGCGGCUCCGGGAGAGGGCAGCCUGCAGCCACCAGACGCGCAGACACCCUGCAGUCUGAGCGCGUCGCUGUGCUUCAGCUCCGGGGACGACUCCCCGCCGCAGUCUCGCGCCUCCGCGCCGGAGGGCGCAGCGACUCCCCCGCCCUCGCGUCGCAGCGGCCAGCGGGUGGUGGAGAGGCAGUGGGAGGUCGGCAGCGCGGGCGCCGCGUCCCCCGCGGACUCCGCGUCGCCGGAAGAGCCCGCGUCCGCCGAGGAGCGCGCGUCCCCGGAGGAGCCCGCGUCCCUGGAGGAGCCGGUGUCCGCCGAGGAGCCCGCGUCCCCGGAGGAGCCCGCGUCCCUGGAGGAGCCCGCGACCCCGGAAGAGCCCGCGUCCCCGGAGGAGCCCGGGGACCCCGCGCCGGUGCCCCCCGGCGUCGGGCCCGCGCACGGGGAGCCCGACCUGGUCAUCGAGGUGUCCGGCCGCCGGCUGCGGGCGCACAAAGCGGUGCUGGCGGCGCGCAGCGACUACUUCCGCGCGCGCGCGUCGCGGGACGUGCUGCGGGUGCAGGGCGUGGGCUGGGCGGCGCUGCGCCUGCUGCUGGCCUACGCGUACAGCGGCCAGAUGGCGGGCGUGCGACCCGACAACGUGGCCGAGGUGGUGGCCGGCGCGCGCCGCCUGCAGCUGCCGUGCGCCGUGCAGCGCGCCACCGACGCCGUGGCUCCUCAGCUGAGCCUGGCCAACUGCUACGAGGUGCUGAGCGCGGCCAAGCGGCAGCGGCUGGCGGAGCUCCGCGACGCGGCCUACCGCUUCAUGAGCGACCACUACCUGGACCGCGCGGGCAGCCGCCCGCAGAGCCCGUCGGGGGACGCCGAGGCCCGCGGCGACGCCGCCGUCUACUGCCUGCACGAGGCGGCCGGCGAGUGGCGCGAGCUGACGCGGCUGCCCGAGGGCGCGCCGGCGCGGGGCUGCGGGCUGUGCGUGCUCUACAACUACCUCUUCGUGGCCGGCGGCGUGGGGCCCGCGGGGCCCGACGGCCGCGCGCGCCCCUCGGACCAGGUCUUCUGCUACAACCCGGCCACCGACCGCUGGAGCACCGUGCGGCCGCUGCGCCAGGCGCGCUCGCAGCUGCAGCUGCUGGCCCUGGACGGCCACCUGUACGCUGUGGGCGGCGAGUGCCUGCUCAGCGUGGAGCGCUACGACCCGCGCGCCGACCGCUGGGCCGCCGUGGCCCCGCUGCCCCGGGGCGCCUUCGCCGUGGCGCACGAGGCCGCCACCUGCAACGGCGAGAUCUACGUGUCCGGGGGCUCCCUCUUCUACCGCCUGCUCAAGUACGACCCGCGGCGCGACGAGUGGCAGGAGUGCCCGUGCAGCAGCAGUAGGGAGCGCUCCGCCGCCAUGGUGGCCCUGGACGGCUUCAUCUACCGCUUCGACCUGGGCGGGGGCCGCGGCGACUCGCAGGCGGCCGCCGCGCCGGCGGGGGGCGUCAGCGUGCUGCGCUACCACUGCCUGGCCAAGCAGUGGAGCCGCUGCGCCGCGCACCUGCGGCCCCCGGGCGCGCCGUCCGGCCUGCAGCCCUUCCGCUGCGCCGCGCUGGACGGCGCCAUCUACUGCGUGAGCCGCGCGGGCACCUGGCGCUUCGUGCCCCCGCGGGACAGCGAGCCCGGCGCGGACGUGGGCGCGGGCGAGGGCGGCAGCUUCGAGCCCGCGCCGCUCCGCGCCCCCUUGGACGCCCGAGGCGCGCUCUUCCCGUUCGUGCUCAACCUGCCCGAGAAGCCGGACCGAGGCGAGGAGGGCGCCGCGUAGGGCGGGCUGGGGCCACCUGGGCAUCUCCCUCAGGGACGCCCCCCGUGGGCCGAGAUUCAAGUGGGGAGAGGGGGAGGGGGGCGGGGACAGAGAGAGUGGGCGCUGUCCGCGGGGACCACUGAAACGCUUAUAAGUUGGAAGCUUGUCGCGUGGCCUUGAAGAUUUUUCGCAGCGCUGUCUUAAGGUCUGCCGCCCCAUUCUGCGUUCCUUUUCGCGUCGCUUUGCUUAACGGGGUCGACGGUGUAAGCUGUGUGCAAAUAGGGAGCCUUACAAGGAUGACACGGGAUACCUGAGGGAGAAGGAAAAGGACUGGGAAGAUUAGGCCUGGGGUACAGUGGGCGGGACACAGAGCGUGCCCGGGUGGGCGGGGGUGCGCCCGGGUCCUCGGGGGCACGUGCGCUCCCGGGCGGAGCGGAGAGCUGGCCGGACGUGAGCCUGCGCAGUAGCCGGCUCGGGGGCCACCGGGCUGCAGCGAGGAGAUCCCUGAAGUCGGCCACCGUGAGCUGUAUUGGUGAGCCACCGAGAGAGGGCCACUCUGCCGUUGGGCCCCUUAUAACUGACAAGUAGAACUCUUAAGCCUUUUCUAAUUACUUAAAAGCUCAUGUCGUCAUAAGGUCAAGCGUGGGUUGGGUUUGUUCCAGGUUUCGCAAGAAGGUGGGGUCUUUGGUACAAUAGGACUCUUGUCCAGCACCCGGCAGAGACGUUUCCCGUGUCUACCGCGGAUGCCACAGAGGGUGGGUCUCGCACCCCUCUCUCAAGAGCAGUUUAGGAUGCUUAAAUACUUUGAGAUUUUAUUUUUAAGUGGUACCUACCCCCAGGGUCCGGCCAGAACUCACAACCCAGAAAUCAGGAGUCACACUCUCUACGACUGAGCCAGCCAGGCAUCCCCUGACGGUUAAAUGUUUUCAAGUUAAAGGAUCUUAAUGAUUAUGUUUGAUGAAAUAGUAAUGAUUUGCUCUUUUUUGAAUCUUAGAUCUUUGGUGAAUGAGUGUUUCCCAAAGAGCAGAUCAUGAGUAGGGAAAGCUGACUGACAAGGACACCUGUCUGUUGGAAAAGGAGCCUUUGAUAGACAGUGUCUGAAUAUUCUCAGCCACCUUCAUGUAUUAUAAUGGGCUCAAAGAAUUGAUUAUCUCUCCCUCCCAGAGAAAGAAGGUUGAAACCACUCCUUUUGAUGCUUCUGAAGACCAACAUGUAGGCACAUUUGGAACCCGCUAUUUACGGUGUUCCCAAUAUAUGUUACGUAAUUCUGAUGAGGGAAAUUAAUUUUUUAAACAUGACUUUAAGAAAAUAUAGCAGAGUGACAAAAAGCAUAUUAGCAUAGGGAAAAUAACAUCUACUUAAAACGUAAAUAGUAAGUAAUUACGGGAAUUCUAAUUGAAUUCCAAAAUACCCUAGUAGACUUAGCGUGGAGCUCAGUACUUUGAGGGAUCACAAGCAUUAAAAACAAAUCGGUUGAUCCUCAUUUGUUAUAACAUUUUACUUUCCAGAUUGGUGUAGACUGAGUUUACUACUUACUAAGAACUUAAGGGUACGAUACAUGCUCACAAAUGGAGGUGAAGCGAUUUGGAUUCCGAACCCAAUCCACUCUUUGAUUAUGAUGGGAGAAGUUUGCAUUGAAAGUCACUGGCACGUAAUUAGAUGGAAUCAUACACACCUUACGGCUCCUUACUUGUUCAUCCAGUGAUGGGGGUUGACCUCUCUGUAGCAGUAGUGGGUGAUUGGGAAACAGGUUAGAGUCUGUGGUUAUGAAAGUUACCGGUUAAGUAUGUUUAGAAAUGACCGGUUUCAUCUUGAUGCAUGUGCCAGAGGAAUGGAGUUUACGGUUUCGGUUACAAGUUUAUUCAUUCUGGCGAUCUGUGUGCUUGCUCGUGACUCUGCUCACCAACCAGGAGGACAGCUUGGCAGCCUGGUUAAGCAUCUUAAGACAGACAGACGUCCUAUUGCCUGACUUUAUCGGCCUUUUAUAGGAGCAGAAUGCAGAAAUGGUAGUAGAAGGAGAAUUUACAGCAAAAGGACACAAGGUUCGUUGAAAGAAAUGUAUCGCAGCACAUUUUUCUCUGGAACGUUCUUACAUUUACGCUAAAGCUUUUAUAUGAAAUGGAACCAGGCUAAUAUUUUCUUUCCUUAAAUAUCGAAUUCAUGAAGUAUUAUCACUGUGAUUUUGCUUGAGAAACCAUUCCUGUGAUGCUUACUGUUCGAAAACAAAAUGCCACGGAAGGGGACUUCCGAACUAGAGUCACCCGCACAGGGGGUACCGGGGGACUUGGGGAGCGUCGGGUGUCCGGUGCAGACAGCCUUGCAAUCACACAACCACCUGCAGCUCUGUAUUUUGUUUUGUGACUUGAUUUAAUAAGAAAUGCUGGUCCUUGACCUUGCGGCGCUUCCGGGGGGGAACUGGCCGUGGAGCCCUGGGGGCUCGUCCCGGUGGAAUGCCCGAGGACAUCUGGGGAGGCCGAAGGGCGAAUGAGGGCUGUAGAAUCUUCUGUGUCUUAUUUCUAAAUAGGAAUACCUCAUAAAAAUUACUGCAGGACCUGGCAGGCCAGGAGGACCAGUUGAUUUUGCUUUCGGGGGGCGGGCGGUACUUGCAGGUGCAACUGCACGGGUUUGUACUAGUCACACGAGCCAAAAAGCCAUCCCUCUGGGGUCGCCGAUGCGGAGGGUUGCGUGGGGAGGGGGCGGCGGGCAGUCCCUGCGGGGACCGGCCUCUGAGGGCUGUUGUUGCCAGGAGGGGGUCUAUUCGUGUACCACGUGAUGUUCGGAGUCUGCACCCAGCACUGUGCGGGAAUGCCUCGGUGUUACUCGUUACCCGUGUAGUUGCAGACGUGCUCCUGAUGAUCGAUCUGUCAGCGGCAAGUGAAGCCAGUGUCGGGAGGACAACCAUCCACAGUUCUCGUACAGUUCGUCCCCGCACGCUGACAUUUCUACAGACUUGAGAGAGCGGUGGCAUCGUCAGGGGAAACCGUGGUGGACAUGAAAGCUUGAUGCUUUGGUUGGUGACCACUAGUGGUUUUGUUCUGUCCGUCGAGGUUCAUUUGAGAGCCAGAGACACGGGCUUCACUUCCUGGGUUUUCUCUUGGUCUCGGGAGCAGCCUCAGCACCGGCGCGGACGGCUCGGCAGCUUUCUGGAGCUGCGUCUGGGACCUGCUGAUUGGAGUUCUGCGUCUCCGGUGGCCCCUCUCUCUUUUUCUCUAAGAGAACUAGCCGAAGCUGUGGACAUGCUUUGGCUCCAGUGAAAGAUCUUACAGCGUGGGUUCUGCCGCAGACGCCUGAGAAGCGGAGCCCUCUGCUGUAUCUCCGUCGCUUUCUGCCGUUGCCUUAGUAAUGCUGGUAGCAGCCGCUUCGUCUGUGGGUCUCUGGGGUAACAUCCUGGGCAAGCUUUGGAAACGGGAUGUGUUGGAGGCCCUUUGCCGUUCUUCCUGAAGUCAAGGUAGUUUCUGGACGCAGCCGGCUGUGACACCUUGUGGGGGCGAAGUGUAAGCAAAAGUGCUGUGUUGUGUUGUCUUAUCUCAGAUGCUUUCCUGGCUUACGACAUGUUUUAUCUGGGCAUUAACGAAACGAAGAAGAUGGCACUCACAAUGAGCACCCGGUCCGGGGGCGCCCGCCUCCCCGUCAGUAAGCAGUCGGCACUCGACGCGCACACGGGGAGAUGCCCGGCGGCCACCGGCCCUCACGCCCCACCUGCGGGCACAGCCGCUCUCCACGUGCUCAGUGAAUCACUCACAAUGAGCUGAAGUGCAGGCUGGAUGUGUUCUCACGUGUUACCGAGGCUCCUCCAAAACUCUUCCAAGCGGCAAACAGCCGCAGUGUGGCGUUGAUUAGAGACCCACCGUCCCUGCUCCUGGCCCGCUUCAGGCCAGCUGAUGCUUGCGUGCAGUUAAUGUAUUUAUUAACGCUUUGGUAUUCACCACCUGGGCACAAAUGCUGUAAAACCUUGUAUGUGUCUGCGUAUGCCGAGAUGAAAUAAACCAGCUCCUCAAGUCUGUGAUAGAGUUGCCCGUCUUUUCCCCCCGCUCAGAG